AUGAGCCGAGUUCGGGAUGCUGGCUGUGUAGCCGCUGGGAUAGUCAUCGGGGCAAGUGCCUGGUACUGUGUCUACAAAUACACUAGGAGAAGAAACCAGACAAAGAAGAGACUGGCCAAACCCAAGGCAAGGGCUCUAGCUGGGAAUGGAUCCAGGGAUAGAAUCAGACUAAGGGCUGGAUUCACAAUAGACUUUGGGCCAGAAUUUCAUUCCCCAACCCCAGUCCACACUGGGAAAGAGGACAGGGCCCAGGAUGAGGCCUCUGCCCUGGAUGCAGCUGCAGCUGAGGUAGUGGCCCCAGCUGCAUCCAGUGCUGAGGCUCAGAGUGGGACUGGAAGUCAGGCCCUGGAAGCAGAAAGGGCCUGGGUUGGGCCUCAGGCAGAAUCAGUAGUUGGGGCAGAACUGGCUUUGACAAUGGUACCAACUCCCAGGGAGGCAGAGACCCUCAUGGCUGCAGAGGCCCCCACAAUGGCAGGGACUCCAAAAUUGGCAAAUGCCCCUGGCACAGCAGAAGCUCCUAGGGCACCAGCAGUGCCUCCCAGGACACCAGCACUUACUGAGGCAGCAGCACCUACUGAAGCAACAGAGGCUUCUAUACUACCUGGGCUUUCUGAGGCUACAGAAGUUCCUGAAACCUUGGGAUCCCCUAAAACAGCAGCAGCUGCCAAGAAAGUGACUCCUGGGGCUCAUACUGGGGUUAUAGCUAAGGCUGGGUCAGCAACUGGAGCUGUACCCAAAGGUGGAGCCAAGGGUGGAACCAAGUCCCAAACUGGAGGCAAGGACAAGGGCAAGGGCAAGAAAAACAGCAAGGUUGAAGUAGACCAACUGGGGCUGGGAUUCCACCUUGGGGGUGGGGCUGCAGCAGCUGCUGCAGCCUCUGCUAAUGAGGGGCAGGCUUUCCUGGCAGAGGUCCCUGAUUCUGAGGAUGGGAAGUCCAGUUUGACUGACACAGAAUCGGAGUCAGACUCUGAGCCUGAGACUCAGCAGAGAGGGAGAGGGAGGAGACCUGUUCCCAUGCAGAAGCGCCCCUUUCCUUAUGAUAUCGAUGAGAUUCUGGGUGUCCGAGAUCUAAGGAAAGUACUUGCUUUGCUUCAGAAAUCAGACGAUCCUUUCAUCCAACAGGUAGCUUUGCUCACUCUGAGCAAUAAUGCCAAUUAUUCAUGCAAUCAAGACACAAUUUGUAAAUUAGGAGGCCUCCCAAUUAUUGCAAACAUGAUCAACAAAACUGAUCCCCACAUUAAGGAAAAAGCCUUAAUGGCUAUGAAUAACCUGAGUGAGAAUUAUGAAAAUCAGGGCCGGCUUCAGGUAUACAUGAAUAAAGUGAUGGAUGAUAUCAUGGCCUCAAAUCUGAACUCAGCAGUACAGAUAAUUGGACUAAAAUUUUUAACAAACAUGACUAUUACUAAUGACUACCAACACCUGCUUGUCAAUUCUAUUGCAAACUUUUUUCAUUUGUUAUCUCAAGGAGGUGGAAAAAUCAAGGUUGAGAUUUUGAAAAUACUUGCAAAUUUUGCUGAAAAUCCAGAUAUGUUAAAAAAACUCCUGAGUACCCAAGUGCCAUCAUCAUUUAGUUCCUUCUAUAAUUCUUAUGUGGAAUCAGAAAUUCUUAUUAAUGCUCUUACUCUAUUUGAGAUCAUCUAUGACAAUCUCAGAGCAGAAGUAUUCAACUACAGAGAAUUCAAUAAAGGUUCCCUUUUUUACUUAUGCACUACAUCUGGAGUGUGCGUUAAGAAAAUUCAAGCUUUAGCAGAUCAUCAUGACCUUUUGGUGAAAGUGAAAGUUAUAAAACUAGUUGACAAAUUCUGA